AGGACAGGAGAGAAUUGGAAAAGAUUCCAACUAUGAACAGGAAGGUAAAGUUCAGUUUGUUAUUGAUGCAGUCUAUGCGAUGGCUCAUGCCCUCCAUCAUAUGAACAAAGAUCUCUGUGCUGACUACCGAGGCGUCUGUCCAGAGAUGGAGCAAGCUGGGGGCAAGAAGUUGUUGAAGUAUAUCCGCAACGUUAAUUUUAAUGGGAGUGCAGGCACCCCAGUAAUGUUUAACAAAAAUGGGGAUGCACCUGGGCGUUAUGACAUCUUUCAGUACCAGACCACAAACACCACCAACCCUGGUUACCGUCUGAUUGGACAGUGGACAGAUGAACUUCAGCUCAAU